AUAAACCUAAACGAUUAACGAUUUGCCCAUGAUGGAAGUGAUCGAUGCUAAGGUGCUAUUAAAAUUGAUUUUAUCAGUUCUUUAUGUAUCCAUUGUUGAUUCAGUGUCCUCCAACUGCCAGACUCCUUUCAACAGCAGCGACUGCGGGCUGCCCUCUACUGUCGUAUACACUUACUAUAGCCCCAGUUCCAUUUGCUACCCGGACUUAUGGCGGGGGUGUCCGACCUACAACAAGUUCGAGAACGAGGACGAGUGCUUAAAAUCCUGUGUUAUGUAUUUUGGAGUAACUGAGCCUAUGCCGAAGAAAAUGGAUGCUAUUGCUAGUAAAGUGCAGGUAAAAACCAACACGAAAAGUCAGUCAGUAAAAAUCAACCGAUGUGAUGUCCCUCUCAACACCAGUCGUUGCUCUAAACACAUGAAGUUAGUUUACACAUACAGUGAUGAAAUAAAAUCCUGCGUUAUAGCAUUGUGGUCAGGAUGUCCUACUGAAAACAUGUUUCCUGACAUCACGUCGUGUCAGGAUAACUGUCAAGAAAAGAAGGACAAUAAACUGAAAUCAAAAGAUAAAUCCAACGUACAACAAGCUUCUAAUGUUCUUGAGCUGGUGAUUAAGGAAUCGAAUGCACUGAAUACAGAUAACAAACUGGUACAAAAUAAUGAAUAUAAGAUGCAAGAAGUUCCGAUUGAUCUUAAGAAUUUGAUAAAGAAAACUAAUGCACCAAAUGAAGAAAAUAAAAUUGAACGAAAUGAUAAAUCCAAGGUACAAAAACCUUCGAAUGUCCCGAAGAAGUUGAUUAAGAAAAUUACUGCACUGGAUAAAGAAAAUAAACUGGAUGAAAAGGAUAUAUUCAAGGUACAAAAAAUUCCAAAUGUUUUUAAGAAGUUGCUUGAGAAAAUGGAAGCAUUGAAAAAAGAAAAGAAAUCUGGUAAAAACAUUGAUUUGAACGCGAAAGCCUACUUUAUAUAUAAACUUGUAGAAGCUAAUAUGGAAUUGGAUGAACGCACUGAACAUAGAGUUGAUUUCAUGUUACUUGACGAAUAUUUAGUUUAG